AAAAUCGUAGACUUCGCCCGCGCUGCACCGCUUUGGUUGCUCCUCCGGUGCCGCGCGAGCCCUGAAGGCCCGGAGCCGGGUGGGUCUGGGCAGGCCGGGGCUCGGCUAGGGAGACCGCCGGACUUGGGUCGGGGCAACCUUCGGGAGACGCGGCGCAGACAAGUGAACAGAGCCACCAUGGGGACGACAGCCCCAGGGCCCAUUCACCUGCUGGAGCUAUGUGACCAGAAGCUUAUGGAGUUUCUCUGCAACGUGGACAACAAGGACCUGGUGUGGCUCGAGGAAAUUCAGGAGGAGGCAGAACGCAUGUUCACCAGAGAAUUCAGCAAAGAGCCAGAGCUGAUGCCCAAAACACCUUCUCAGAAGAACCGACGGAAGAAGAGACGGAUUUCUCAUGUUCAGGAUGAAAACAGAGAUCCCAUCAGAAAAAGGUUAUCCCGCAGAAAGACUCGGAGCAGCCGGCGGAGCUCCCGGCGCCUGCGCAGCAAGGACAAUGCGGAGAGGCUGGCCAGUGUGGCAGGCGAGAGCGGCCCCGUCCUGCGGCGGGUGACCCGCGCCGCGGCCGCAGCCGCCGCCUCCGUGGCAUCCAUUGCAUCCUCGCCAACCCCUGAGUCUCCCACGGUGCUGACCAAGAAGCCCGAAGAUAACCUCGCCCAGUGCCAGCUGGUGCCCGUGGUGGAGAUAGGCACCCGCGAGCGCCAGAACGCCGAGCUUUACUGCACCCGGCUUAGGCCCGCUGGGGCUCCGUGCCCAGCCCCAGCUUCCGCCGCAGCUGCGGCCUCCCAGGGCACCCUGGCGUCAGAUGAGGAAUCCACGCCCAAGAAGUCAGAGACCAGGAGACUGGAAUCCGUCGCAGUGAGCUCCCUGGUGGCUACACCCCAGGACCCCAAGGGCCGAGGGGUUGGGACAGGGCGAUCCGUCUCCAAGCUCAGGAUUGCGCAGGUCUCCCAGGGCCCAUGGGGCUCGCCGGGCUCUCCAGACUCUCCGUGGCGGGAGCGGGUGCUGGCCCCCAUCCUGCCGGACAACUUCUCCACGCCCACCGGCUCCCGAGCGGGCUCUGGAUCAGUGCGGCGCAGCCUGAUCUCGGCGUCCUCCCUGGAUCCCCAAGUCUUACUGGCCCAGAAUGACUCCCAGGUGGCCAGACAGGAAAGCACUGUCGCCAGAUCCAGCAGAAGGGCUGCCCAGAAAGCGGAAGAGCCUGCUCCCUCUGGCCGCAUCAUCUGCCACAGUUACCUGGAGAGGCUCCUGAAUGUUGAGGUGCCCCAGAAAGUCAGCUCCGAGCAGAAGGAGCCCAGCAAAGAAGAGGUAAGGCUUAUGGCAGCAGCUGAGCAGGAGGUUUCUGAGGACAGGAGUACCUUGCAGACCUGCAGUGCCACCAAGAUUGCCAGUAGUACGCCCGACCUGAAGCCAGCAGCUGGAGGUCAGGAGACGCCCCCGGAAGGGCAGCAAGAGGCCAAGACUGACCAAGCAGAUGGGCCCAGAGAGCCACCUCAGAGUGUCAGGAGAAAGCGCAGCUACAAGCAGGCAGUAAGUGAGCUGGAUGAGGAGUCCCAGCUGGAGGAUGAAGAGAUGCAGCCGCCUAGGAGCAAGACCCCUUCCUCGCCCUGUCCGGCCAGCAAGGUGGUGCGGCCCCUCCGGACAUUCCUGCACACGGUGCAGAGGAACCAGAUGCUCAUGACCCCAGCCUCAGCCCCCCAUAGCGUCAUGAAGUCCUUCAUUAAGCGCAAUACUCCCCUGCGCGUGGACCCCAAGUGCAGCUUUGUCGAGAAGGAGCGGCAGCGCCUGGAGAACCUGCGGCGGAAGGAGGAGGCCGAGCAGCUGCGCAGGCAGAAGGCGGAGGAGGACAGGCGCCGGCGGCUGGAGGAAGUGAAGCUGAAGCGCGAGGAACGUCUCCGCAAGGUCCUGCAGGCCCGCGAGCGAGUGGAGCAGAUGAAGGAGGAGAAGAAGAAGCAGAUCGAGCAGAAGUUUGCUCAGAUCGACGAGAAGACAGAGAAGGCCAAGGAGGAGCGGCUGGCGGAGGAGAAGGCCAAGAAGAAAGCGGCAGCCAAGAAGAUGGAGGAGGUGGAGGCGCGCAGGAAGCAGGAGGAGGAGGCACGCAGGCUCCGGUGGCUGCAACAGGAGGAGGAAGAACGGCGGCACCAAGAGUUGCUGCAGAAGAAGAAGGAGGAGGAGCAGGAGCGGCUGCGCAAGGCGGCCGAGGCCCGGCGGCUAGCCGAGCAGCGGGAGCAGGAGCGCCGCGAGCAGGAGCGGCAGCUGGCCGAGCAGGAGCGCCGCCGGGAGCAGGAGCGGAUCCAGGCCGAGAGGGAACAGCAGGAGAGGGAGAAGGCCCUGCGGCUGCAGAAGGAGCGGGUGCAGAGGGAACUGGAGGAGAAGAAGAAGAAGGAGGAGCAGCAGCGUCUGGCCGAGCGGCGGCUGCAGGAGGAGCAGGAAAAGAAAGCCAAGGAGGCGGCAGAGGCCAGCAAAGCCCUGAAUGUGACUGUGGAUGUGCAGUCUCCAGCUUGUACCUCAUAUCAAAUGACUCCACAAGGGCACAGGGCCCCCCCGAAGAUCAACCCGGACAACUACGGGAUGGAUCUGAAUAGCGAUGACUCCACCGAUGAUGAGGCCCAUCCCCGGAAACCCAUCCCCAGCUGGGCCAGAGGCACCCCACUCAGCCAGGCCAUCAUCCACCAGUACUACCACCCGCCGAACCUUCUGGAGCUCUUUGGAACCAUUCUCCCCCUGGACCUGGAGGACAUCUUCAAGAAGAGCAAGCCCCGCUACCACAAGCGCACCAGCUCCGCAGUCUGGAACUCACCACCCCUGCAGGGCCCCAGGGUUCCCGGCAGCCUGGCCUAUAGCCUGAAGAAGCACUGAGUCAGGCCUACAGCCUCCUGGGCUGUCUCAGCUCCUGCCUGUCUGUCUGUUGGUUUUUGUGUUGGUCUGGUGCCCUCUUGCCUGGCAUAUCAUCGCUGAGGGUCUGGCCAGGUGUACAUAAGCGUCCUCUGUGUGCUGGGUGUUUCUGCUGCAGGUGGCAGGUGGCUCAGGCCUGUUUGGGGGAUGGGCUUGGCUGGGGAUUGGGGAGGAACCAGGCCCAGCCCCACCUGGUCCACAGACAGCUCUCUGUAAAUACUUGUUAUAAUUCUGUUGCAUUUUAGCAUUUUAGUCUCUGGCAUUUGAGAACUAGAUGAAUAAAGUCUAUUUCUUCA